AUGCGACAGCAUAAUGAGGACCAGCAGCAAGAUGCGCAGGAACAGCAACCCUCUCAACCACAACAACAGCAGCAACAACAACCCGGACCCAACACCCAACUCGCCACCGCCCUCGCCCAGUCCGACACCUCCGACCUCGUCACCUCUGUCAACAUCCCCUCCGACCCCCAUGCCGUCCUCCCACCACACCACCCUGCCCUCUCCCUCCUCUCCAACAGCAGCCUUGUCAUCCAGCGCCAGAUCGAGAUGAUGAACCUCAUCAUCGGCUUCGAGCAAGCCAACCGCUACGUGAUAAUGAACGGCACGGGAGAGACGCUCGGCUACAUCGCAGAACGCGACCACGGACUCGGCAGCGCCUUUGCGAGGCAAAUGUUCAAGACGCAUCGUAGUUUCACCACCCACAUCUUCGACGCGCAGGAGAAGGAGGUGCUGAGGAUACACCGGCCGUUCGCAUACAUUAACAGUCGGAUACGGAUAUACGAUCCAAUACCAGAGGGUGGGUAUGAUGGAGAAAAUGCGGCGGAGAGGAGUACUGCAUUGCAAGGCACCUCCGCCACCUCAGCUGUGCAACCAGGCUCAACUGCUCAAGUCUCCCCACUCAAGUUGGAGGAGAUGCGCAUCAUUGGCGAAUGCCAACAAUCCUGGCACCCUUUCAAACGGAACUACAACCUCUUCACCUUCCGCCCACUCACGCCUCCACCAACUGCAUCCUCCCAACCUCGCCUCGAAUCCGGCGACCAGCCCAACACAACCUCCACCGCUCUAACCGAAGCCUCAGUACCAGACCAAGCAAUCGAAUCAGGCAUGUCCCAAUUCGCCCACAUCUCCGAACCCCUCCUCUCCUGGGAUUUCAACCUCCGCUCCGAAGACGCCGGGCUGAUCGGGACCGUGAACCGCAAUUUCUCCGGUUUCGCACGAGAGAUCUUCACGGACUCUGGCGUUUACGUACUACGCAUGGAUAGCGCCGCGCAGUCUUCCGUGCUCGAGAGCAAAGAAGGACAAGAGGUAGCCAAGUAUGAGCGAGAAGCGACGGGUAUGACGUUAGAUCAACGAGCCGUCAUGUUGGCGACGGCGGUGAGCAUCGAUUUUGAUUACUUCUCCCGCCACUCGCAUGCGGGUGGGGGUGGAGGUUUCUUUCCCAUCUUCUGGCCCAUGGGCGGAGGCACUGCUGCUGAAGGCGCGGGCGCCGCGGGUGCGGGAGCUGGUGCGAUCGAAGGAGCGGGCGGCGCGGCGGCUGGAGGAGCCGGGGCGAUGGAAGGCGCGGGCACAGCAGUGGGAGCUGCGGGACGUGCGGCUGGCGGAGUAGGUGCAAGCGAGUCCGGAAUAGCGGCUGCGGGUACGAUGGCUGGGUACGAAGCUAUGCAGCGGGGCGCUUAUGGACAGCAGCAAGGUGGACAGCCGUUACCGGGUGAUCCGGCGAACGAGGCGGUGUUUGAUCCGGAUGGACAACAGCGGCAAGCGCAGCAGAGCCAGGGUGAAGGUCAGGGUCAGCCGGGCGAGCAGCGGGAGGGCGGUGGGAAUUGGUGGGAUAACGACAAUGAUCAAGAUCCGUGGGGCGGUGGAGGUGGUGGAUCGCCGCCGCCGAGUGCGGGCGGAGAGGGUGGAGGAGGUGGAGGAUCGAGCUGGACUGACGCACUAAGUGACUUCUUUGGCGACGGGGAUGGUUGA